AAGAAAAAGCAGAUGAUUAGGGGAAACUAGAAGCUUCCAAAAUCCAUUUCCCCAUCUCUCGUCUCCUCCUCCUACCAAAACUCAAACCAAACCCUAGACAUGGCGGAGCAUUUGGCUUCGAUAUUCGGCACAGAGAAGGACCGCGUCAACUGUCCCUUCUAUUUCAAGAUCGGCGCCUGUCGUCACGGUGACCGUUGCUCUCGCCUUCAUAAUCGCCCCACCAUCUCCCCAACUCUCUUACUAUCUAACAUGUACCAGCGCCCUGACAUGAUCACUCCAGGCGUCGACGUCGAGGGCCAGCCCAUUGACCCUCGCAAAAUUCAAGAACACUUUGAGGACUUCUAUGAAGACAUCUUUGAAGAACUCAGCAAGUUCGGUGAGAUCGAGAGUCUUAAUGUCUGUGAUAAUCUCGCCGACCACAUGAUCGGAAAUGUUUAUGUCCAGUUUAAAGAGGAAGACCAAGCUGCGGCCGCUUUACACGCUCUACAAGGAAGAUUUUAUUCGGGUCGUCCAAUUAUAGCGGAUUUCUCUCCCGUGACAGAUUUUCGUGAAGCCACGUGUCGGCAAUUCGAGGAGAAUAACUGUAACCGAGGCGGUUAUUGUAAUUUUAUGCACGUGAAACUGAUUGGGCGGGAAUUAAGGAGGAAGCUCUUUGGGAGGUACCGUGGAUAUCGUAUAAGUAGAAGCAGGAGCAGGAGUUUGAGUCCGCGACACAGAAGAGAUAAGGAUUAUUAUGAUAGGCGUGAUAGAGAUAGAGAUUAUAGGGACCCGGUCCGUGACCGUGACCGUGACCGUGGAAGACACAAAUAUGAUAGAGACAGCAGAGACAGUCUACUAUCUUUCUCUUCCGUGAGAUGCGGAUCUUCCUCGUCCUCAGGAUAA